UUCCAAAGCUUCCCAGGGGCUCUGGGCGCUGGCUUCUCCGCUCGGGACCGCUGGCCGGCUCCGGUGUGCUUCUGCCCGGCCCCGCCCCUCCCGGCCCUCCGCCCCUCUCAGGUUCUUUUUGUAAUUUUGUAUAAACCUCCAGGAGGACUAUGAAAGAUUAUGAUGAACUUCUCAAAUACUAUGAAUUAUAUGAAACUAUUGGGACAGGUGGCUUUGCAAAGGUCAAACUUGCCUGCCACAUCCUUACCGGAGAAAUGGUAGCUAUAAAAAUCAUGGAUAAAAAUGCACUAGGGAGUGAUUUGCCUCGGAUCAAAACGGAGAUUGAGGCUUUGAAGAACCUGCGACAUCAGCAUAUAUGUCAACUCUACCACGUGCUAGAGACAGCCAACAAAAUAUUCAUGGUUCUUGAGUACUGCCCUGGAGGAGAGCUCUUUGACUACAUAAUUUCCCAGGAUCGCCUGUCCGAGGAGGAGACUCGAGUUGUCUUCCGUCAGAUACUUUCUGCAGUUGCUUACGUACACAGCCAGGGCUAUGCUCAUAGGGACCUCAAACCAGAAAAUUUGUUGUUUGAUGAAUAUCAUAAAUUAAAGCUGAUUGACUUUGGUCUCUGUGCAAAACCCAAGGGUAACAAGGACUACCAUUUGCAGACGUGCUGUGGGAGUCUUGCUUAUGCAGCACCUGAAUUAAUACAAGGCAAAUCCUAUCUGGGAUCAGAGGCAGAUGUUUGGAGUAUGGGCAUACUCUUAUAUGUACUUAUGUGUGGCUUUCUACCAUUUGAUGAUGAUAAUGUUAUGGCUUUGUACAAGAAGAUUAUGAGAGGGAAAUAUGAGGUUCCUAAGUGGCUCUCUUCUAGUAGCAUUCUGCUUCUUCAACAAAUGCUACAGGUGGACCCAAAGAAACGGAUUUCUAUGAAAAAUCUAUUGAGCCAUCCCUGGAUCAUGCACGAUUACAACUGUCCUGUUGAGUGGCAGAGCAAGAAUUCUAUUAUUCACCUCGAUGAGGAUUGCAUAACAGAACUUUCUGUACAUCACAGAAAUAACAGGCAAACAAUGGAGGAUUUAAUUUCACUGUGGCAGUAUGAUCACCUCACUGCUACCUAUCUUCUGCUUCUAGCCAAGAAGGCUCGGGGAAAACCAGUUCGUCUAAGGCUUCCUUCUUUUUCCUGUGGACUAGCCAGUACCACCCCAUUCACAAACAUCAAGUCAAAGAAUCUGAGUCUAGAAGAUAUGACAACAAGUGAUGAAAACUGUGUGGCUGGAUUGAUAGACUAUGACUGGUGUGGAGACAGUUCAUCAACAGGUGUGGCCACUCCACAAACACCACAGUUUGCCAAGCAUUGGACAGAAUCAAAUGGUCUGGAAUCUAAAUCAUUAACUCCAGUAUUAUGCAGAGCAUCUGCUGAUAAAUUAAAGAACAAAGAGAAUGUAUAUAUGCCUAAGUCUGCUGUAAAGGAUGAUGACUGCUUUGUAUUUCCUGAGCCAAAGACUCCAGUUAAUAAGAGCCAGUAUAAGAGAGAAAUACUCUGUACACCAAAUCAUUACACUACACCCUCAAAAGCUAGAAACCAGUGCCUGAAAGAAACCCCAAAUAAAAUGCCAAUAAAUUCAGCAGGGACAGAGAAGUUAAUGACAGGUGUCAUUAGCCCUGAGAGGAGAUGUCGCUCAGUGGAACUAGAUCUCAACCAAGCACAUGUAGAGGACACUCCAAAAAGAAAAGGAACCAAAGUGUUUGGGAGCCUUGAAAGGGGGUUGGAUAAGGUUAUCACUGUGCUUACCAGGAGCAAAAAGAAGGGCUCUGCCAAAGACGGGCCAAGAAGACUAAAGGUCAAGAAGUACCUUGCCAGUAAGGUCCUGCCUUUUAAAGUUCUUUUAAUAUUGGACAAUGCUGCUGGGCCUCCCAGAACCCCAUGAGUUCACACUGAAGGUAUCAAAGUGGUCUGCUUGUCCCCAAACACAAUGUCUUCAAUUCAGCAUCAAGAAAAGGGGGUCAUAAGGACUUUUAAGGCUCAUUACACCCAGUACUCUCUGGAAAGGAUUGUCAGUGUUAUGGAAGAGAACGUCAUGAAAGUCUAGAAGGAUUACAUCAUUGAAGAUGCCAUUGUUGUAACAGAAAAAGUCAUGAAAGCUAUCAACCCUGAAACAAUAAAUUUCUGCUGGAGAAAACUGUCCCUAUGUUGUGCAUGAUUUCACAGGAUUUAUGACAGAGCCGAGCAAGGAAAUCAUGAAAGGGUUUGUGGUUAUGGCAAAAAAAGGUGUGUAUGGGGAAGGUUUCAAGAUAUGGAUUUGGAGAAAUUCAAGAGCUGAUGGACACCACACCAGAAGAAUUAACAGAAGAUGCGUCAGUAGAGAUAAGUGCUUCUGAACCAGUGACAGAUAAUGAGGAAGAAGAUGUAGAAGAAUCACUGCCAGAAAGCAAAUUGACAUUAGGCAAUCUGGCAGAAGGGUUUCGAUGAUUCGAGACUACUUCUGAUUUCUUUUAUGACAUGGACCUCUUUAUGAUAUGAGCACUGAAACGAAAGCAAACCGUUAAAGGAGGAUUGGUACCAUAAAGGGACCAUUUUUAGAGAAAUGGAAAAGCAUAAAGUCAGAUAGAAAUUACGAUAUAUUUCCAUAAAGUUCCACCAAAUGUGCCUGUCCCUCCCACCUGCUCUUCUACCUCUUCCACCCCUGAGACAGCAAGACCAACCUCUACUCUUCCUUCUCCUUCUCAGCCCACUCAACAUGAAGAUGGGGAUGAAGGCCUUUGUGAUGAUCCACUUUCACUUAAUGAGCAGUAAAUAAUCAUGCCAUACAGUUAAUAAAUUUAUCUAUUGUAUGUGUGUGUGUCUUUGUGAACAUCUAAUAGCUGUACGACAAUCAUAUGAGACAUUUUUGUGUCAUCAUCAUUACCUAAGUAUUCAUCGUGUAGAACAUUGUGCGCCAGACUCAUAGAUGUGGAUAGCCUAUCUUUACUUAGACAUAAGG